AUGUUCAGGAAGUGCGUCAAGCUUGACGCCAGCAUGAAGCUGGCCGACCCACUCGAGUGGCAGCACUACGACGCGCUGUUCGGCAAGCUUGCGGACCUGCUUCUGCGGCAGUUUGUGCGCGGCAGCGAGGACGCGGACCCUCGCCUGGCGGACUUCUGGACGCGCGCUCCGCUGCUUCUGCCGGAAGCGAACGGCCCCGGCGGCAUCUCGGCGUUACAGCUUGCGACACCGGACCGCCUGACGACGGCGUCUCACAAGGUCGCCAUCGAGCAGGGCGACCUCGCCUUCACGGCGCACGCCGUCAACGUUUUUUUCGGUUCGAACCCGGACCUGUUCGCGCGCGACGCCUCCUCCUUCAAGGAGAUGGCGCUGCGAGCGCAGGACGAGAAGCUCAAGGAGAUCCUGAAGAUCCUGCCCAACCCGUACGCGGUGCUGCUCAAGAAGCGACCCGAGACGCGCGGCCUCCUCCUGCACUACAUGUCGCCCCGGCGGAAGGCUGGCUUCCACGGCGACCGGCGGAAGCUCGCCAGCCCGUGGACGCAGCGCACCAAGGAGAGCGUUGGGAAGAACGUGAAGCCGGUAGCACCGCGGGCCGCAGUCGUCGGUGCCUGGGUGGACGCGCUCGUGGCCGGCAACGACACCUGGGUGGACGACACGAUCCGCAACGCGCCGAUGAUCGUCGGGCGCUUCGGGCGGACGGGCGUCCGGCGCGCUGGCGGGCUCUACCAGCUCGUCUUCGACGCUCGCAACUGUCGGAAGCUGCACUCGGAGCCCGACAACCUGCGCAAGUGCACCUGGGGGUACAACGCGUUGAAGCUCACGGCGGACGAGGCCGAGGCCACCCGCCGCAUCCCGGAGCUGCUGCGGAGCCUCGCGAAGCACGUCACGUCCGGCGACGCGCUGGACCCGCGGCUGGCGGAGCGCAUGGAUCCGCCCGGUGCGGGCGCACCGUACCUGCGCGCCGCUGGCGACAGGGCCCGGACGCGUGAUGCGCAGGGCUCCACCACCGUUACAACCGUCGACGCGCAGGGCUCCACCACCGUUACAACCGUCGACGCGCAGGGCUCCACCACCGUCACAACCGUCGACGCGCAGGGCUCCACCACCGUUACAACCGUCGACGGCAGGUGGUCGCUCCUCGGCUCGAUGUGGGACGAGGCGGCCGUCGCGGAGGCCGUCGCGGAGGCCGUCGCGAAGGGUAUCUUGGCCCCGCACGAGACGGAGGAGAUGGUGCAGAAGUACCGCGACAUGGUCGCGGCCUGCGAGGAGGAGCUCGAGGCGUACGACUUAUACGAGGACGCGGGCGGUACGGAGAGGGCUGAGCGGCUGUCGCAGUCGCUGGGUCCCGGCUGGUGCGGGUGCCCGCACCACGGGCAGUGCAUCAAGCGCCACGGCAAUGCCCACCUCAUGCCGGACGGGCGGCGGGCUCCCGGGCACAGCCACUGCCUGCGGCUGGCCGCCGAGCGCGCAACAGAAACGGCACUCGAGGCCGCCAUCGAGGCGGAGCUGAUUUGCUGGAGGUGCAAGAAUGAGCGCGAGUACGUGCCGAAGCAGAAGCGCAAGGCCGGCGCCGCUGCCGGCGGUGCGUCCAGCGGCGAUGGGGACGGCGACGGGGACGGCGGGGGCGAUGGAGGCGGCUGCGACGACGACGGCGCGCCGGGCACAGAGCGCGCGAGCCCGAUCCGUGACGACGACAGCAGCGGUGACGGCGCCGAGCCUGCGUGCGGCAAGGUGACGGCCGACGGCGAGAAGGCGCAGCUUGAUGGUGCUUUCGGGCAGUGCCGGACCUGCUACUACCGUGGGCCACCGCGGGGUGGUAAACCAGUAACGGUACAGACACAGCUCGGCAAAAACGACAUGAAGAAGGGUGGCCCCUGUCCGCUCCACGCCACGUGCGACGGAAAGCGCGAGCAGCACCAGAAAUGCCAGACCGUCGGCCCCAUCCGGCGCACGGAGGAGGUGCAGCAACAGCUGCGCGCGACCGUCGUCUGCGCCAACCCCGAGUGCCCGUACCACGAGUUCGCCAAGGCCUGGCCGCUCGCGCACGAGGGCACCGCGAGCUGCGCCGUCGGGGCCAGGCAGUUCUCGCCGUGCUCGGACCAGCAGUAUCGCUGCUACCUCUGCAAGGCCUACUUUGAGAGGCGCAGGACGCCGCCGGCGAAUCCUCGCGCCAACUGGGACCCGUCGCCGGAGAGGCCCUGCCGCUGGCGGGGCUGUCCCGACUUCGGCGACUGCACGGUGCUGACCCGGAGAGGGAAGACGCACAAGACGUGUCAACGCAAGGACUGCACGGUGCACGCCGACGAGGACGAGCUUGCCGACAGGCGCAGAGCUGCCUUCGGUGACAAGCGGUGCGUCUGCGGAGAGCUCAUGGUCGUUUGCCGCGCGGACCCGAAGCCCACGUGCGCAUGGACCGCCGAUGCCCAGGAGCGCCUGGAGAAGGAACGGGCGAAGGCGGGCGAGGUGAAGGCCAAACCCUCCGUAGAGAAGAGGAAGAGGAAGGCCGAGGCCCGCAGCGGAGCUAAGAACGCAGGUCUGCGCGACCGUCGGGACGAACGUGGCCGCAAGAUCCCGAAGCAUGCCUGA